ACCUUAGUUGAACAGCCAGAGACAGGAGCUGAAACUGGGAACUCAGCAAAUAAUAGACCUUCAGGCACUGAAUAUCAAGAUAAAUUUUAUACGCGUUAAAUUCCCAGGAUGAAGCUGAUGCACCUGCUGGUUUUUGCAGCACUUUUUGUAGGAAGUGCCUGCCAGUACACCUAUGGGUAUUUCAAUUGGCUCGCACGUAUUAUGGGAUAUUCUCGGUAUUACAGUAAUCAAUAUUUUGGGACUGAGCGUGAGCCUCCGUUGGCAACCAACUGCCCUGCUGAAUGCACCUGCCCAUCUAUCUUUCCCAGGGCUAUGUAUUGUGAUACCCGUAUGUUAAAAUAUAUCCCUGAGGUGCCAGCCCGGAUGAAAUAUGUUUAUCUGCAGAACAACCAGAUCGAUACUGUGCCAGAUGGAGUAUUUGACAAUGCUACUCAUCUUGUCUGGGUUGUCCUUCAUUGGAAUAAAAUUUCCAAUGACAAGAUAGAUGCGAAUGUAUUCUCCAAACUGACAAACCUGGAGAGAAUGUACUUGGGACAUAACAAUCUCACGAAGAUUCCCUUUCCUUUGCCAAAAUCACUGAGGGAACUGAGAGUUGCAGGAAACAAGAUUUCAACUGUUCAACCUGAUGUACUGGAAGGUCUCGACAACUUGACUAAGCUACUGCUGAAUGACAAUGAGCUGCAAGAUAUCGGAAGCUCCCUCAAAGUUUUAAAGUCUUUGGCUUACUUGGAUCUCAGCAAUAACCACUUAAAAAAACUCCCUGAAGUACUUCCAGACUCACUGCACCAACUGUACUUGGAUUUCAAUCACAUCAGCUCAAUUCCUGAUGAGUACUUCCAACAGUUCCCUAAACUUCAAUAUGCACGGAUCUCAAAUAAUGAACUAACAGAUAAUGGAAUACCAUUAAACACAUUUAACGUGUCCAGUUUGGUUGAGUUGGAUCUCUCCCAUAAUAAGCUGCAGAAGAUCCCUACUGUCAAUGAGAACUUAGAACACCUGUACCUACAUGCCAACAAGAUCAAAGAGUUCACCGUGGACAGCUUCUGUAGAACCAUGGGAUUAAUGAGCUUCUCCAAGAUUCGAGUGCUUCGACUGGAGGGCAACAGUAUCAAACAAGAUAAUAUUCCGGAAGAAGUCAACAGCUGUCUUCGCCAAGCAAGAAUAAUAAAUAUUUAAUGUGCGUUCAUAUGUCUUAUUACAAUAUCCAUUUAUACAUGUAAACUUCCUUCUACAGCUGGAGUAUAUAAAGACUAGGCAUCCAGUUUCUUCAAAGGCUUCACUGUAUCUUAUUUUUCUCGUGUAGUUAGUGAUUUGUUGCAGCAAGAUGGAGAGCUAUUCCCCCAUGGAUCAACUGAGCAAAUUAUUCCCAUUGCAUCUGCAACUUUUCUUUCUUCAGCAUUACAGUGCUUUGGCAGGAAAUCAAACCAAGUGUGUUUCAUGACCUGUUGCAGAAUAUGCUAUCAAGCCAGGUCACUCACUAAAUUUCUCCCUCUGCUGUUUACCGGACUGGAUAGGACGAGCUUACCCACAGCUGCAGGCAGCAUUAUAAAAUCAACUUUAUUUACGACUCCCAAACAGAGAGGACAGCAGCAAAAGGGCAGUCUAAAGAAACGCUUGUAAUGACCACGCCUUGACCUCAGGAAUUUACACUGAAACAUUUUUUUUAAUUUAAUGCUUCCAAUCUUCAUCCACUAAAUUAUAAAAGACACCAAAACUUCACCUCUGGUUUAGAUACAAUCUAAUAAAACAUGAGACCAAUUGGCUGAUUUCUACAGACUAUCAUGUGUCCUGUUUUUGGAAUAAUGUGAAGGUGCCAAUGUUACACUGGGGUGGACAAGGUCAGAAGUCACAAGGCACCAGAUUAUACUCCAACAGGUUUAUUUGAAAUCACAAGCUUAUGAGGUGUUGCCCUUUCAUUGGGAUUUUACCUGAUGAAGGAGUAGUAUUCUGAAAGCUUGUGAUUGCAAAUAAACCUGUUGGACUAUAACCUGGUGUUGUGUAACUUCUGACCUAUUUUUGGAAGGCUUGACUUAAUUCUUGUCCCAAUGCACAUGGGGUUGCUGUGGCAUAAUACUCUGGUUUAGUGACAGUGCAGAAUUCUGAAAACAUAAAUUACCUGCAGUUUGUAGUACACAACAUUACACUCAUUUUUCAAUGAAAAUUUACAAAAGAAUAAUCAUAUUCAAGAAAGUGAUCAAUAACUUUCUAGAUAUUGAAGCUAUCAAUGCAAUAUGAGGAUACUGAGUGAAAAUGGCAUGAUAGUAGAAGAUCAGAUACGAUCUAGCUGAAUGACAAUGCAGACUCAAUGGGCUGACUCCUGCUCCUAUUUCCUAUGUUACGAUGUAAGUUUAUUGUCAAAAAGUACUUACCAGUACUGACGUACCCUUUCAGACCUUCUGCUGGCAAAGUGCAGAACUGGAUCCAAAUCUCCACACAGUGUAGAAAUGUUUAUUUGCAGAGAUACCCAUUACACACAUGCACCUCCAAACCCAACGACCCUCAUUUCAGUCUGUUCUUAUUAUAAAGAGUGCAAUGAAUCCCCCAUUCAUGUCCACCAUCAGAAUGCAAUUAAAUACUCAGUCAGUAUACCAUUAAGAACCGGUUGCCUAAUUUCCACAUCCCCUUUUCUACUAAUCUUCUUAAAAUAUGUGGGAUCCUGUGGUUUUGGAAGCCUGGCAAAUGGUCUCCAAACAUCUUUAUCUGUGGAAAUGAACAUCAGUAGGCUAGUCUCUCAUCGCGGGGCAUCAUAACUAUGGUCAUUCCUGCCUUCACCCCAUAACCAUAAACUACACUAGUACACCUGGACAGGCGAAAAACAGAAAGGAUGUACCCAAAGACCAGAGAGUCUAGAACAAGGUGUCACAGUUUAAUGAUAUGCCUAUCUAUUUAGGACUGAGAUAAGGAGAAUUUUCUCACCUGGUAAGCCUGUGGAAUUGUCUGCCACAGAAAGUGGUUAACAGCAAAAUAUUGAAUGUUCUCAAGAAAGAGUUAGACAUUGACAUAGGGCUAAAAGGUUCAAAUGGUAUGGGAGAACUGACUUAGGUGAUCAGCCUUGAUCAUAUUUAUUGACAGAACAGGCAGAAGGGCUAAAUGCCCUAUUACUGCUCUGAUUUUCUAUGGUUCUAUGUUGCACUUCACUUCAGGAGUAAUUGAAUGGAGACUAGAAACCAAAAUCUAGUUGAUUUUAUGUUCUGCCAGGAACAGGGGUAAUUCUACAUAAUUGCAUUUUGCUGCACCAGUUCAUAGUGCUUUGUUAACAUAGAUCCAAAGGCCAAGUCUUGGCCAAUUUUCAUGGCAGUGUAUUGCUAAUGCAAUAUUCGACCAAAAAUAGAACAUUUGCCAAGUACAAAGGGAAUGAAAAACCUGUCUGAUUCAGCAGCGGAGUCUGAGGAAAUUGCAAGAACAGGAAAUGGUUUUAUUCGUCUCCCAAGUGUCAUUGAACCAGAUGUCUGCCAUUCUGACUGAUGAGGGAGGUGUCAUAUUAAAGGGUAAGAGCAAUGUAACUUAAAAUACAAUUGCUGUUUGUGUUUAUCACUAUUGAGUCCAGAACCAUGGAAAUUUCCACAGGCUGACAAUUCUGCCACACCACACCUCCCCUCCCCAUCUCCAUCCCCCACACCCACAUCAACAGUAAGCCAGAGACAAUAGGAACUGCAGAUGAGGGAGGAUCUGAGAUAACAAGAUGUGGAGCUGAAUGAAGGCAGCAGGGCAAGCAACAUCUUAGGAACAGGAAAGCUGACGUUUCGGGUCUAGACCCUGAAGGGUCCUGCUCCUAAUAUGCUGCUUGGCCUGAGGUGUUCAUCCAGCUCCACACCUUGUUAUCAACAGUAAGCCAGUCUGGGCAUGUUAAGCUCCACUUAUUCUAUGAUUCAAUCACCUUAAACUACGCACAGCAGUGUUGACGUUAUAAUCCGAUACAGUUUGCAGGUCAGAUGGCAAGUUCAGUGUCCACAGGAACCGGCCUGUUUAAAGUACCAAGCAGCUUGUAUAUGAAUGCCUUUGUUCAGUUGCUGCUGAGCAUGCAUUGUUUGAAAAUUUAUUACCAUAUUCUGUGUACUGAAAAUUAAAAUGAUUCUUUCGU